GGCCGGGAGAGUGUGGGGACCGAGGAGCCCAGCCUGAGAUGACAGGGGCUGGGGAACGUAGCUCCGUCCCGGACGCGCUGACUGGAGGGCGGCUGCCCCCAGGGGUCCCAAACCAGAGUCUCUCGUCCCCACUGCGUAGGCUGAGGCCUGGGAGAGCCCAGGGCACCUGGGUUAGCGAGCGCGGUGGGUGGGGCUGCGUCAGGAGGGGAUGGCAAACCUGUGUGAGCAGAAGACCCGGCCCGAGCCGGAGAGAAGACCCAGUAGAGGGAAGGAGCGGUGCUGGAAGGCAAGAACCAGUUUUCAUUCUUCUGUAAGCUGUCGCCAUGACCCUGACGAAAGGUUCCUUCACCUACUCCAGUGGGGAGGAAUAUCGUGGCGAGUGGAAGGAGGGCCGCAGACAUGGUUUUGGUCAACUGAUGUUUGCAGAUGGUGGCACAUACCUGGGUCAUUUUGAGAAUGGGCUCUUUAAUGGCUUUGGGGUACUGACCUUCUCAGAUGGCUCAAGGUAUGAGGGCGAGUUUGCCCAGGGCAAGUUUAAUGGUGUUGGAGUCUUCAUUCGACAUGACAACAUGACCUUUGAGGGGGAAUUUAAAAAUGGCAGAGUCGAUGGUUUUGGCCUGCUGACCUUCCCUGAUGGUUCUCAUGGAGUACCCCGCAACGAAGGUCUGUUUGAGAACAACAAGCUGCUGCGGCGUGAGAAGUGUUCAGCGGUCGUCCAGCGGGCCCAGAGCGCCUCCAAGUCCGCCAGGAACCUCACUGCCUGACGCGUCAGCGUGCUCAGCUGACGGGUAUUGGGUAGAGCAAAUGCCCUGUUAUUCACUGGAGGUGAACAAGCGCCCCAGAUGUGAGAGGAGGUGAGAAUGACCACAGAGCAGAAGCCCUGUGAUGUGCCCAUCGCCUGCCUGUCAGGGGUUCGGUCACAGAGAAGUUCUGCUGGUUCUGGCCCAGGCCCUGCACUUGUUUCCAGCUGUCUUUCCUUUCUCUCACUCAUUGGUACAGACUCUCUGUCCCUCACACCUCGGAUACCCAGGGCAGACCUGCUGCCGCCUUCUACUUCUUUCCUGCCAAGUGAUGCGGAAGCUCUUCAUUCUGCCUAUAUUUGGGACAGAUGAUGCUAACCCCAAAUUAGGGUGAGUGCUUUGUGCUACCCUGGAGAAUUAAGGAGACAGAUGGGGGUGGCUUACACAGUAUGGCAGUCUGUGAGAGUCAAGGCUAGAGCUUUUCUGUGUGUUAGCCCCUCAUUCACUGCUGGUCGGCAUCAUGGCUGCAGGCCUGCUGCUUUGUCUGACCAGACUGGGGUUCGUGUCUUCCUUCCUGUCCCUGUGAAGGAUUCCCUAAGAGUGCUGUUUCCCUCUCCUUGACUUCACAGGCUGUCUUCCUUACCUGAGUUUCAGCAGAUAAUUUGUGCCCCAGUUGUGCCUCUCUCCUUCCUUAGACAUGGGACAAGAUCCCUUUUUGGGCUAGUCAAGAAAGAAACUGAUGUAAACAGUCGUCUUAUAACUUGUAUUUAUUCCUCACUCCAGGGCAAAAGGCAGGCAUCUCUGGGCUAUUUCAGACCCUGUCAUGGAGUAAACUUAGGGAUGGCUUAGGCUGACUCAGCUCCUUCCCCGUGGACUAGUAGGUCAGACCCACCUCCAUCCCUUGGGGUUUAGAUAGACUUGGACCCAUCCUAGGACUGCGGUGAACUAAAAGCAUUUGGCUCACUGUAACUCUUCCACUAGGAGCUUUGGCUGUCAGGCCUGGGGGUCAGCCCUUGACUGAUAGGACCCCUGCACAGUUCAUCACAGGGGCCUCCAGUUACCCUGUGACCCAAACAC